CUAACAACAAUGUAGCGCAGGUAAUAUCUAAUUAGAUAGAUUAAGUUAUUAGCGUGAUCGAAGCGUGUGGAUCAUAACGUGGAGAAAGCGUUUCUUUCGAUAAAACUAACGUGAGAAUUAUCUUCAACUGUCACGUUGUUACCACGUCGGUAGUUUUUUUUAUGUGGAAAUCAGGUACCGUUCCACCAUUAAUUGUAUAUCGAUUAGGAACUAUUGGAGCAUAAUUGAAAAUGCUCCUAAAUUGUAUCUAGUUACUUCAAAGAUAGGGUAGGUUCCGUUCCUACCUAAUGUUUUUUUUUUUUACAUAUGUGAGUCAGUGAUUCAGUAGGCAGAUAUAAUUAGAUAAAUUAAUCCCAUCUUUAAUUCAAAGACUAAUGUUUGUAGAUUUGUAAUGACGUGAGAUGACGAUAAUGCGAUUAAUCAGCGCAAAUGAGGGAUGUCUAAUUAGUUUUCUAAUACUAGAAAAGAAUUAUGUGGUAAAUAUUUGCUAACGGUUGUCUUAGUAGGUGCUUAUAUACUUAAUGAUUUAUCUAGCCAAGUCACACUGACCACUGUCCCUUAUUUACACUUAGGUAGGUACUAAUUAAGUCAAAAAAUGAUGCCGCAACUCAAAGCAUUACUUGGCAACAGGAGCAGUGGGUCACAAAAAUUAUAUUGCUGUUUUCAUAACUAGACGAGACUUGAAAAUAAUGACUUAUUAAAUCAAGAUUUAAUCUUUCAGUUCAAAGUCGAUCGAGGGAUUCAAAGACGUAUUAUUCAAAGAUAAGAAAUACUUAGUCCUAUUUCUGAACGCACAGGGCAGGAGGAAUAAGAUUUCUGAACGCACAGCAAUGUUUUGACAGCAGAUAUUUCCGUUCCUAUUCAUUAAAUAUUCAAAGCUUGCGCGAUUACAUUUUUUUUUUUUAAUAAUAGGAUGAAGUAUAAUAUUUUGUGGAAUAAAAGUAUUUACAUGAAUUGUUAAAACUUGCGAUAUUUUUUCUGAAAGUUUAGAUGAUUAGGAAUACUAAUAAUUUUUGAUAAAUAAAUCAUGUCCCUGUUUAGUCCUCGACUCCUGAAAUAUUACUGGAAAACGGAACGCAGUUAACUCCUAGCGACUGAAAAUGAAUUAUCGAAUUUCUGAAAUAAUUUAUUAGAAUUAUAAUAAAGUGUAGCGGUAGUCGUAAUGCGUAGGUGUAUAAACAUUCAAUGCUUUAGGCCGUAUUAAUUGUAUUUUAUACGGUUUUAUUUACGAAAACUUUUUGCUUCGUCGAUGGACUUUAGAAUCGAUAACCCAAUUUCAUUCAAGUUUUAAAUGACUGCAAUUGUACGUUAGUGCGUCGCUGUAAAAUGCUGCUGUAUUAGGGUUGUGUGUCGGUGUUGUGCUCGUCGUGACCAUGCUUUUCACACCGAUUUACAUUGCUAUGACCUUUAUAAAGACCUGGAGGAUUCGCUCGUUCAGAGCUCGACUCCUCGAGUUCCUGAGCGGCAAUACGAGUGUCGCAUUCUGCAAAGUUCCUGAAAAUGCAGCUGAAACACCAACGCUCAGUUCAAAGCUGUGCACAAACCCAAAAAAUGCAUAUCUAUGUGACUUACUGGACUACACGAACACCACUAGGAUAUGCAGUAUGAAGCCGACCCAGCUCAUCGAGAUCAGUGACUGGGUGUCUUGCGCCAGUGGCCUGCCUUUAGGGUCCAGUGAACAGUCUCCUAUCACCGACUUAGAUGUAGAUGUGCUUUUCGAAUGUGAGAUGGAACCUCAUGAAACUGGACAAGAUAUCAUUACUUUAGAGUCCAUGGGUCAGCCUGUAGCCUGGAAGGCAGGCUCACACUUAGCAAUAAUAGUGAAGACUAAUAUAGAACAUCUUAGUGUUAUUGGUUUUAAUUUUAUUGGAGGAGAGUUUGUUAUAGACCACAAUUUGCCAGUUGUAAGGAUACAGACUGUACAACUUUCUGGUGAACCAAAUAAGGCUUCAGAUCCUUCCAUGAGGAGUCUCCGUAGUGACAUCCACUUCAGCCUCAAACAAUCGCCAGCUGAAUUCCAAUGGCCAGUACAUGCAGCCCUUCUGAGAAAACUAUCCAAAGUUGUAGAUAUCAAGUCUGACACUAAGAACACUAUACAGAUGAAUGGCAGCAGUGGAGACAUAGUACUAGAAGUGCCACCUCCUAGGAAAACUGUCACUUUAGCUGAUGUCAGUUGCAACACUGGCAAGUCAUUAUCAGGGGAAGAUGUAGACGUCCCUCAAGAAAGCAAUAAAACUGCAGAAGCUGUAGCAAAGGCACCAGAGCCCACACAGCCAGAAGACAAAGAAGUAAUAGUGGAAAAUGUCACAGUAGAAAUACAACACAAUAUCACACCAAAAAAAUCUAGUUUAAAACUUGACUUGAAGAAAGGCACCAGCCAGCUGUCAACUUCUUUACUAAACAUAUCUAGUCAAAUAAAGUCUGUAACUACUCAUAAAAGGAUAGUUAGUACUACUGGUCCAAAGAGGCCGCAAUCUCAGAUAGAAUGUUACCCGGUCGUUCAGGAGGAACCAAGGAGUUCGACAUCACAGCAGAGCACUCCGAAAUCUGUGAAAAGUUCCCGUCCAUUAGUGAAUACAAAGUCACCGAAUGUGUUGAUAUAUUCUGAUAGUGUAGUAGCUAGAGAUAAUUUGGAGGCGUCCCUUAAGAAAGUACUGGAUUGUGAUAGGUACACCCUCUACGUGGUGUCCCGCGCAGCCCUAGAGGGGGGGGCGUGGCGGGGGCGGGCGGCGCUGGUAGCAGUGGCAGGGUGCGUCGGCCGCGCGGCACCGCUGCUGCUGGCUCACCUGCUGGCCGGAGGCCGACUCCUGGCGCUGUGCUCAGACCUGCUGCAUACUGUGCUGCCGUAUUAUAAGACUGCUGAGGUUCGUGAGAAUGAAGUUGUGCAAUUCAAUUACGAUAAAUGGAAGUCUGUCAAGAUGAAGCAUCACAUAUUCUGCUACCAAGCUUCGCCUGCGAAGAAACAGUUCUCCACUGAAAGCGACAGACAACCGUCCAAAUACACGGGGCACCCGGGCCAUGAGCUGGACAUCCAGGUGUUGGCUUCUGAGGAGACGUGGCGCACUCCCUCGCUGCUGCAGGCCACUGAUCUUACCAACAGAGGCAUUGCUAUAUUCUCACAGAUCCACUUAGAAGCGGAUCCCAGCGACUACUUAGGGGAAGAAGGCAUGAAAAGCAAUGAAGCCCGUUUGGGAAUCAUUCACAAAAUCUUAGGAGACAUCCUGGGCCUUCACGUCAAAGACCCCCAGGAACUUACCCAGAUAGACUACACGCGAGGGUUCUUCUUAGGAAACCAUGUGCACAAACUGCGGUUAGUGGAGGCGUGUGCCUCGGAGGGCGGCGCUCGCGUGCAGGCGCUCGGGGAGCUGCGCCUGCAGUGGUGUCUGCGCGGCGAGCAGCCCCUCCACCCCCCCUCCGCCGCCUUCCUGCCCGUGCACGUGUAUGAGUGCCCGGACCACUUCUCUACUGUUGAAUACUUUGAUAACCUAACCUCAUCCCGUCUCGGGCGCCUAGUGGUGUACGCGGACGUGAUGACGUCGACAAUGCACAUAACAGCAGCGCCACUCGCGCAUGGUGUCGGCGCUGUGGCGCGGCGACAGGCGGCCGGGCGCGGCCGGGGCGGCAACGUGUGGAUCACGCCGCCCGGACAGGCUGCCAUGUCGCUGCAGGUAUGGCUGAAAGUAUCGCCGACACUCCCGCUGGUACAACACGCGGCUGCACUGGCCGCAGUGAGGGCCAUCCGGUCGCAACCCGCAUAUGAACAUUUGGAUAUUAGGAUAAAGUGGCCUAACGACAUCUACUACGGCCGCGACGUGAAGAUCGGAGGCACCAUCACCACCGCCAACUGUAUCGGAGAUGAGGUCUACGUUAAUAUAGGCACCGGUGUAAACAUAUCGAACAGUGUCCCCACAACGUGCCUCAACGACAUUAUAGCGGAACACAACAAACAGCACGGCACAACUCUAGCGCAGAUGUCGAUAGAGCGGUUCCUCGCUCGAUACUGCUCCCAACUAGAGAGGAUUCUCGAUUAUAUGAACACUGAAGGCGGAAUCGAUGCCUUCCUAGAACAGUAUUACCAGUAUUGGUUGCAUACUGGUGAAUCAAUCCGCGUAAAAAGCGAGGCUACAUCGAGUCCUGUGGAUGGCACUAUAAAAGGUUUAGACGAAGCCGGGUGGCUGGUCGUGAGCACGGCAUCCGGAGAUGUUAGAGUAGCUCCAGACGGCAACACCUUCGAUAUGAUGAGCGGUCUCGUUGCACCGAAGGUGUAGUUGUAAUAAAAUUUAGUCGGAUUGUGUAAUCUGCUAUAUUAUAUUACGGCUAGCAGUUACAAAAAACCGGGCCAGUUAUAAAAAGUCAGAUUGAAUGCAGUUGAAUAAAAAGUCGUCCAUCUCAUGCUAGCCGCUUUGUAAUAUGACGGAUUAUACAAGCCAGUUGCGAUACACAUACGAGAAGGACGUUGGUUUACUUAGUGAUGUACCUAUGUUGAUAUGAAACUGGUCAUAUUUGUUACAAACAGUGUUCGGGAAUGUACAGACGCUAGUACAUAAGGUACAAACUAAAGUUUCUUUUAAAAGAUUUUCAACUUUAUCUCAAAAUUUUAAGGUUCAAUAUUGAUUGGAGAAAUUUUACAGAUUGAUGUACUACACAUAUUCAAAUAAGAUCAGUUUCGUGCCAUGGUAAAGUUAAUGGUGAUAUUUAGUACAUAACGUGACAGCUCUCUACAUAUAGUAUGUGGGAUAUUUAUGGGGAAUCAUUUCUUUCGAUUUAGAUAUUUAUUGUGAUAUUUUUUAAAAUUGUUAUGCAGUGUCUAUUCUAAGUGUUUUUGUUGUGGUUAUAAUAUUAAUAUAAUCGGAAUGGUGAAAUAUUAAAUCGGACUUAUGUUGAAGCUUGUUAAUGUUAAUAAUUUAUAUUCAAAAGACAUUUCGAAUAAUUUAAUAAUUAUUAAAUCUUGUUGUUACUUACUCUUAAUUUAGAUUAUAAUGUGUUAUUUCUUAUUUUAAAUUACUUAAAGAAUAAAGACGUCCUAAAGUUUGCUCAUAAAAACUUUAAUUUGUUUAAAUCGAUUUAUUUAUUCGAAUGAUCGAUAACCUGACUCGAUAUAAAUGAUAAUGAGGAAUUUAAGCGAUGGAAUAUUAUCAAAUAUUAGAAUUUAAACGUUAGACACUAUUAUGUUUAGUGAAUUAUAAAAUAUUAUUAACUCGAUACCGCUGUAGGUAUCCUAGCAUUAUGUAUGCGAUGUAGGUAUCGUAGGCACAAAUACGAAAACAUCAAUAUCGAUGUAAUGUAGUUUUUAUUAUAACUUAUCGCGUAAGGUUUCGGCGUGUCCAUUGGGUUGGUGAAUGUUUUAAAUAAAUCUGCAGAUAUUUGUUAGUACAGUAAAUUAGUUUAAAAAUAAUAUCUUUAAACAUACUUACAUUUAAUUGGACAGUAAAGUAUGUAUUCUAUAAAUCUGUGCGGUAUAAAAACAGCUCGCUUUAUAAUAUUAAGUAGAAAAUAAAACAAUUUUGGCACACAUUCUAUACUAAGAUAUGUAUAAAAUAUGGGCUGAAAUUGCAUAAAAAUAUUCUAUAGAGAAAGCGAAGUUAAAACUACCUACCUAUAUAUUUGAAAAUGAUAAAGGAAUGUAUAAAGUACACUUAUGUACAGUAAGUAUUGGGACAGCCACACCACUGCCAGUGCUCUUAUAUCGAAUAGUUGAUAGUUUCUAUAUACAUAUUAUGUAUGUAUUCACGUGAGCAUGUGUGCGUAAUCCGUUCAUAGUACAUACAGUUAUAUAUCUCGUAAAGAGAGUGAUUGCUUUCGUGUCAAUUACUUUUAAGGGGUGUUAUACUUGCGGGAAAAUGGUAUGAACUUGUUUAUCUGUCGUUAGCUCCUUUUAAGAAGAGUAUAAGUACCUAUAACUUAUAGAACUUUCAUUGAAUAUUUUAGCGUGAGUCCAAGUUGUAAUAAUUAUAUUCCACCAAUGUAGUUUUCUAGAUGCAUAUUAUGUGUAUAUGAUAUAAAGGAUGUUUAUUGCAAAGGAGUGAAAACCAACAGGUUUAUUUUUUUAAAGAGAAUAGUUGCAAACAAGUAGUUUUUGUUCUUCUACGUCUGUUAACUAGCUUCCUACUUAAACUUUGAUACCUCGAGAAGGAGGAAUUUAAUCAACUUCAAAUAUUACAUACAUUAGUAUGUAUAAGAGCGUAUGGGUUAAACAUAAGUUAACGUUAAGUAUAAGGCAGUUUAUAGAGCUUUUUAUCGUUCAUUAAUUACAAUAUUCUUUGUAAUAAAUUAUGAGAAAAAUGUGCCUAAACAAAGUUAUUGUAACUCAUGCAAUUGAUCUAUUUGUUAGAUACUAAGUAGCGUUGUACAAAACUAUCGCAUCUUUACAUAAUUUCGGUGGGAAUUCCAAAAAAAUAUUUCGAUGGUUUAAAAAAAAUACUAUUUAAAUAAUUGUCUUUGAAAUCGAAUUGAAACUUUUUCGCUAAAUUAAAAAGAUACAUUUAAAAUUCGUAAAUUCGUCUAUUUUGAAAAUGGAAUCUUGUUAAAUAAUGAUGCAGUUGCCACGUCGAUGGCGACGCGUCUCGGAUCUAUAUAGUCACUCCUCGCUGUUGUCUUGUGAUGUUAAGUUGUUUAGAUGUUAUUUAUUGAUAGAGUCUAAAGUGUUAUACAGUCUCUUGUUACAUUACUCUGGUUGUAUUCAUGUGCUCUAAUAAAUUAUUUCAUUAAUAAUUA